AUGUCUGGAGGCAACAAGGGUGGCGUGAACAAUGUAGGUAACGACGGUGGCGGGAACAAUGUAGGCAACGAGGGUGGCGCGAACAAUGUCGGGAACGAGGGUGGCGUGAACAAUGUCGGGAACGAGGGUGGCGCGAACAAUGUCGGGAACGAGGGUGGCAUGAACAAUGUAGGCAACGAGGGUGGCGCGAACAAUGUAGGCCAAGAGGGUGGCGCGAACAAUGUAGGAAACGAGGGUGGCGCGAACAAUGUAGGCAACGAGGGUGGCACGAACAAUGUAGGCAACGAGGGUGGCGUGAACAAUGUCGGGAACGAGGGUGGCGCGAACAAUGUCGGGAACGAGGGUGGCGUGAACAAUGUAGGCAACGAGGGUGGCGCGAACAAUGUAGGCCAAGAGGGUGGCGCGAACAAUGUAGGAAACGAGGGUGGCGCGAACAAUGUAGGCAACGAGGGUGGCGUGAACAAUGUAGGCAACGAGGGUGGCGUGAACAAUGUAGGCAACGAGGGUGGCGUGAAAAUGUAG